AUGCCCCGUCGAAGUACCAACACCACAUCAUCCAUCCAAAACCACUAUCAAAACCUUGGAACCUGUUUGUUUGUAGUAACAUCAUCAUCAUUAUCAUCAUCAUUAUCAUCAUCAUUAUCAUCAUCAUCAUCAGUAGUAGCAGCAGCAGCAGGAGCAGCAGUAGCAGGACUAUCAAGCAACCUACCUGAUGAUAACGACGAUGAAGACAAUUGUGAUGACUAA